AUGGCCCAGGCGGCUGUCGAGGACCUCGACGGUGGAGACGAGGACCUCUGGGAGGCGCCGGAGGCCGUCGUGCCCGCGCCCGUGGAGGACGGACCCGUGCCGAUCGUCCCACUCGCGGUGGCCCAGGGCAGAUGCUAUUGCAGCACGGGCUACACUGCGGGCGGCCUCGAGCAGCGCCGGUUCGCGUGGCGGGCGCUGCGUGUCUCCAGCGCAGAGCCGCCGUUGCGCUUCGUGAAGGCCGAGUUCCUCUUCAGCGACGACGGCUACUGGGACUGGUGGGCCAGCCACCCUGGCCAGCCGAGCGCGAUGACGGUGCGCCCGCUCAUCCACGUGUGCUCGGAGAACCCGUGCUCAGUCUUGGAGGGGCCGGGGACGUGCACCGAGCUGAUCCACGUGUCGGACGGGGCGGAGCUCGGCCCCGGGGACCUGCGGGCGCUGUCCGUCGAGUGCCAGGAGACGAACCCCGAGGCGGCUUGGCCAGCAGCAAGCCUCGGGCCGCUGGUCGCUGCCGCCGCCCCCGCGAGGCCCGCUGCGGUGGCCAAAGCGGCGGGGCGCCCACCAGCCGCAGCAGGUCCUCCCAGGGCCCCGCCUGGCGCUGCCCCCUUCGACGACUUCCUGAGCGUGAGGGGCUCGUCGCGCGGGCCUGGCUCAGAGCUGGCCGCAGGCGAGGAGGCGGCUGCCGCGGGCGGCCUGGGAGGCAAGCUCGAGGGUGCUCGUGUGCGCUUCGAGGAGGGGAAGCGGGCUGCUGGCGACGUCAACCUGGACGGCUUCCCCCUCGGCGCAGAGGCGGCUGGCGAGGGGCCUGUGAAGAAGCGGUCGCUCGGAGACCUGCUGGUCGAGCGCGCCGCGAAGCUCAAGAGGGCCGCCUCGGACGCGGCCCCCCGAGGGUCAGGAGACCCCGUGCCCGAUCGGGCGCUGCCAGGAGCUGGUCCGAGUGGCGGCAUGGCGGAGCUGGCGCAGGCGCUCGUGAUGGCCAUCCGCGAGGGCAAGGAGGGUCCCCCUGGCGACGGCGGCGGGGACGGCCUCGGCUCCUCGGACCCCGCGGCGGUGCCGCGCGACCUGGCCACGAAGAGGGCUUUCUGUCGUCGGAUGGCCGCCGCCUCCCCAGGCCGCCUCACGGAGCUGAGCCUGCAGCAGAUGGCGGACUUCCUGGGCUCGCAGGAGGGGGGGGCAGCCGUCGACGCGACGGGCCCGAUCGCGCUGCGGUACCUCCUCACGAUCUACCUGCCGCAGCAUCCGGUGAAGGAGAUCGGCGUGCAGACGUGCCGCGAACUCCGCACCCUCGCGGAGGCGGUGGACCUGCUGAUGCAGGGGAAGGCGGCCCACGCCUGCGACCUGAUCGUGCUGCAGGUGGCAACGACGGAUGGCUCGUGGGCGGCGGCGAAGUGGUUGGAGCUGAUCCCGCCGCGCGACGAGCCCACGGCCAUCCGCAGCGAGGAGCAGGAGCUCAUCCGCAGCAUCCAGCUCGGGGAGAUGAAGCUGGACGAGCUCUCCGCACGGCUGGCCUCCGCCAAGACGAAGGCUUCCGCGGCGGCUCCACCAGCCCCCCUGGCGGCGGCCGCGGGCGGGCCUCCCCCGCAGGCCGAGGGGUCGGCAGCCCCGCCGCCGUGGAAGAUGUCCUUCGCGGAGAUGCGGAAGAAGUUUCCGAAGCAGCCGGGGGAGACGAACGCCCAGCACCGCCUGCGAGCCUUCAAAGCUCGUGCGGCGGGCGUCGCGGAGCCCCCGCUGGCCACCGCGCUGCAGUGCUGGUCCGACGAGCUCUCCUUCGGCUUCGGCAAGAGCAUCGUCGCGGUCGACCUGGCGGCGCGGCUGGUGGCAGCAGUGCGACGCCACCCAGGCAGCCUUGGCCACUUCGCUCGGUCGUUCAGCAUGCGUGCGGACACAUUUUGUGGGAGCGGAGGGUCCUCGAACAGGAGGGUUCGGGACGCCCUGCCGCUUCCCCUUCCGUCGACCGAGGAGGUGGACCGCUGGCUGGCCCACAGUGCCUUGCCCAAGGCACGCAGGUGCCGCCGCCGCGCCGUGGCGCGGGAGGUCAGCGAGCAGGCGUGGCUGUACCUCAGCGUGGUGGCGCUCAACUACGCGUUCUGCGGCCGCGCGCAGGAAGGCUGGCGCCACAGGCCGACCCUGUCGAAGGCGCAGACGCAGGUCUACGUGCACCUGAAGAGUCGAGCGGCGGCCCUGGCGGAGGACCCGCUGGCCAUGGUCGUGGUCCCCGCGAUCGACGAGCUGGCGGGCGGCUGCGGGUCAGCGUACGAGGGCGAGACGGGCGUGAAGGCCCUCCCCUGCCGGCUCUGCGAGCUGGCCCCUGGGCUGCCCGCGCGGGAGUGCGCUGCCACGCUCGACGCGAUCGACUUCGUUGACGACGAGGUCGGCGCCUGGCUGCGCCGCCCCGAGCUGGCGCUCCUCGACCAAUCCGACUGGCCCGACCCGCUGCCGCGGGCCCGCGUGAACGUGGAGACGGAUGCGGACUGGGAGGAGCUGGCGCUGCACCUCGUGUCGCUCGGCAUCUUCACCACGCUCGCGGAGAGCGAGCUGGUCCGCGUGAGGGGCGAGCCCGUGCUGAACGGCCUGUUCGCGGUGGAGAAGAAGGGCACUCCAGCGCCUGGCGCCACGCGGGUCACCAGGCUCAUCCUCAACAUGGUGCCAGGCAACUCGCUCCUGAAGGCCCACGUGGGCGAGGCGGCGCUGCUCGCGGCCUCGACGUCCUGGACGUCGGUCGUGAUCCCCGAGGGGAAGCUGCUGCUGUGGUCGGGCGACGACCAGAAGGGGGCCUUCUUCGUGUGGCGGGUCCCGCCCGCGUGGCACCCCUACAUGGCCGUGGGGCGGCCGCUCGCGGGCAAGUUGUUUGGUCGCUCGGAGCCCGUUGUCUACGUGACCUCGGCUGUCAUCGCCAUGGGCUGGUCGCUCGCGGUGCCCGUUUUCCAGCACAUCCACCGACGACUGUGCCGCCUGGCGCCGCCCCUCGGGGCGGGGCUCCCCUCAGACGGGGAGUGGCGCAAGGAUUGCGCGCGGCCCCUGGUCGAGGCAGGCAGCGGCCAGGACGCUGGCUGGUGGCAGGUUUACAUCGACGACUUCGAUGCGCCGGAGAUCGUCGAGGAGGUUCUGGCCCGCAAGCUCGUGGGGACCACGAGCGACCUCCAACUGCAGGUCCGCGCCAGCUACGAGAGGGCAAGCGUCUCCUUCUCGGCCGAGAAGGCGCGCUGCAGGCAGCUGAGGGUCGAGCGCAUGGGCGCGGACGUCGACGGCGUCAGCGGGCGCCUCGCGGUCCCCUCUGCCAAGGCGCUGGCCACUGCGGGCCUCUGCUUGGCCGCGGUGCAGCGGCGCCUGGUCUCGUGGCGCGUGGCCAUGGCGGCCCUCGGCAAGCUCGUGAGGGCCUUCGAGUUCAGGCGGCCGCUUUUCGGGAUCCUGAGCUCCGUCUGGACGCUGGCUGCGUCCUCAGCGCAGGGGGCUUACCUGGACGCAGAGAUGGUGGAAGAGCUCCUCAUGGGCGUGAUGGUCCUGCCGCUGGCCGCCUCCUCGCUGCGGGCGCGCAUCGACGGCAUGGUCACGUCCUCGGACGCGUCGGAGAUGGGCGGCGGCGUGUGCACGUCAGCUGGCCUGCGCGAGGACGUCGCCGCCGCCUUGCAGGUGCCGAGGACGGUCCCCGACCAGCUGGGGAUAGGGGCCAGGCUCCUCAACAUGCCCGAGGACCCCGCCCGACCGUUGGCGGCAGCCAACCCACGCGUCCCCGCCAGGGCAGUCCGCAGGGUGCUGUCGGUGCUGCUCAUCGGCCUGUUCGACGGCAUCGGAGGCCUCGCCGUCGCCUUCUCGAGGCUGCCCGUCCGCAUCGCGGCCUUCGUCGCGGCCGAGACGGACGCCAAGGCGAGGCGAGUUGUCAGACUCCGCUGGCCAGGUGUCAUCGACUGGGGCGACGUCACCCGUGUGGGCAGCGAGGCGGUGCGGGAUUUGUUCGAGGCGUUCGGCGGCCUCGUCGACCUGGUGGUGGUCGCAGCGGGCAGCCCCUGCCAGGACCUGUCACGCCUCAACGUCGGCGGGCGCGGCCUCAGCGGCAGGAAGUCCUCGCUGUUCCACGAGGUGCCGCGCAUCCUGGCUCUCCUCGCCGCCGUCUUCAAGGACAGGCUCGUUUGGUUCGUGGAGAACGUGGCCAGCAUGUCCGACGCCAACGUGGAGCUGAUCUCGGAGGCGCUGCAGGUGAGGCCGACGCUGGUGUGUUCGUCGGUGUUCGUGCCGUGUCGCAGGCCGCGCCUGUUCUGGACGAGCUGGGGCAUCACCGCAUCGGCGCCUCUUCGGCUGACCGACCGCGGGGUCUACGACGAGCUGGUGGGCCCUGGCGUCCCGCUCAUGGACCCCGCGUGGGAGGACGAGGGCUUCUCUUGGCCAGGGAGACCAAGGUGCUUCCCCACGCUCGUCUGCUGCAGGCCUCAGCCCUCCUUCCCCUCUGCCCCGCGUGGCUUCGCGGCUGCAUCGGAGACGGCUCGUCAAAGGUGGGCUGCGGACGGGCACAGGUAUCAUGUGGCUUUGUACGAGGACAAAAACAUGAUCUGCACCUCCUCGUUCCCUUUCCUGCGCCUCCCCACCAGCGAGGAGAGGGAGCGGCUCCUUGGCUUUGAUGUGGGGUACACCUCCCUAGCCACCAAGGGCUCGAACCCUCAGGGCGCCUCCGACGCCAGGGCCUUCCUCCUCGGCAACAGCUUCAGUAUUCACGUCGUGGCAUGGUUGUGCCAGCAGCUCCUGCACCGCCGCGGCGCGCUGAACAGGGAGCUGUCGAUAGAGGAGGUGUCCCCCGUCCGCGUGUGCCGGGCGACGUGGGACCAGGCGGGGGCCUUCGUCACGGAGCCAGGAGAGCCGGACACCGCGGAGGCGAGGCAGCUGGUCCUGCACUACCUCAGCCGCGCGGAGAAGGGCGGGUCGGACGUCAGGCUGGACUACGGCGUCCCCUACCGCCCGCGAGGUUGGCCGAGGACGAGCCUGGACCCGUUCGUGUGGAAGUGGCGCGUGGUGGUCAGCAUGGCGUGGCCUGGCCGGAGCUCCACCCACAUAAACGUGAGAGAGUUGCAGGCGGCCGCGGCGGCGAUCAGGUGGCGCGCCCGCAAGGUCGCGCAGCACGGGAGCAGGUUCUUGCACCUCGUCGACAGCCAGGUGGUCGCGGCCAUCGUGACGAAGGGCCGCAGCAGCAGCAGGAAGCUACAGCCCAUCCUGAAGCGCUGGAUGGCCGUCGUCGUGGCGGCCGACAUGUACCCACUGAUCGGCUACGUGGUCUCAGAGGACAACCCUGCGGACGAGCCGUCGAGGAGGGUGCUGUGGCGUGGCUCGAGCCCAGGAGGCGAGGGCGACCCGUGCCGCGCGCGCGGCCGCUCACCGCAGGCCCGCUCCCGUGAGACGCCGCGGGACGCGCUGCCAGACUCUCUCUUCCCUGGGGGUGUCGGCGGAGACGCGGCGGCGCUACGGGCGGCCCUGCGCGCGCUGCUGGCCCACUUUGGGGCCGAGCAGGCGGGGGCGGACGCCUUGCGCGGCGACCCCGCGGACGCAGACGCCCUCGUCGCGGAGUACCUCGAAGGCCUGUGGGCCUCUGGUGCGGGCAUCGUGGCCGCCAACAACACGCUGGCGGGGGUGUGCUUCGCGGUGCCUCGUCUGAGGCGACACCUCGACCUGAGCUGGACUCUCCUCAAGACAUGGAGGCAUCAUGAGCCAGCGUCCAGGGUGCUGCCGCUCACGACCGAGGCCGUCGCGGCCAUGGCAGGGUUCGCGUGCGCUGCAGGUGCUUUCGACGUGGCCGCCCUCCUUCUCGUCGGCUUCGAGGGCAUGCUCCGAGGCGCAGAGGUGUUUGCCCUGACGGUGGGCGACAUCGUCGACCGCGGCGAGCUGUUCAUAGUCCGCAUCAGCUCGUCCAAGACCACGGCGGGCAAGGACUGCGCGGAGGCAGUCGUCGUCCGCAGCAGGAUGGCCGUGGCGCUCCUGCGGAUUGCGGUCCGCGGCCUUGGUGCAGGCGCGCGGCUCUCAUGGAGGACGCCGUCCCAGCUGCGUGGUGCCCUCCGCGCCUUGGCGAGGGGCCUGGGCCUGGCGGGGCCCAUCACGCGGCACAGCCUGCGACGUGGCGGGGCGAGCGCCUUCUUCGUCAGGAGCGGCUCCAUGGAGGCGACCCUCGUGGCGGGUCGGUGGGCCUCCUCCGCCACCGCACGCCUGUACAUCGAGGGCGCGGUGGCCGACUCAGUGCGCGCCCAGCCCGGGAGCGAGGCAGCCCGCGCCGUUGCGCGGGGACUGCGGCUUCUGCAGCUGGCCACU